CACGUCGGCGGCGGCGACCGGAGCCGGAUGUGCCAAGAUGGCUGCGGCUGCUGCUGAGUGCGCCCUAGUUCCCCGUCCUGCCGCCGCUGUCGCCGGCUGGGUUUCUGUCCGCGGAGCCUGAGAGGCCAGCCGCAGCUGCGCGGCACAAAUUAAAGAAAAGCUCCACCUGCCUCCCCUGUAAGCAGCAUCUCCUUGAAUGAAAGACUCCAGCAUGCAGCCACCACCUCAGGCAGUCCCGUCUGGUGUGGCUGGACCACCCCCAGCUGGGAAUCCUCGGAGCAUGUUCUGGGCCAACAGCCCUUAUAGGAGGCCAACCAGUAAUAAUGCACCAGUGGCUCCCAUAACACGCCCAUUACAGCCAGUAACGGAUCCGUUUGCUUUUAAUAGACAAACUCUUCAAAACUCACCAGUAGGCAGUUCAUCCAAAAGCAGCCUGCCCAGUUUGCCUGGCCCAGCCCUCUCUGCUUUUUCUCAGUGGCCUGGUUUGCCUGUGCCUCCUACAAAUGCUGGGGAUAGCUCCACAGGACUUCAUGAGCCUCUGCCAGGAACUCUGUCACAGCCCAGAGCAGAGACCAGUCCGUUUCCCCCUGCAUCUACCCCUUCUUCGCUGCCUGGGCUGGAGAUGAACAGGAGUGCUGAAGGUGGUUCCAGCUCAGGACCUGAAGUACAGAUGCUGCCACAUCCACCUCACUACAUUCCAAGAGUGGGUCCUGAGCAGCCUCACGGGGGCCAUAUGAAUGACAGUGGUUCUGGGCCUGACCAACCCAUGAAUAGGCACACCCCACGUGAUGGUGCUGUGGCCCAAGCAGCAUCUCCUUUCUUCCCUCAGCCACAGAUGCCAGGUCAGUGGGGGCCAGUGCAGGGAGGUCCUCAACCUUCCUAUCAGCAUCACUCACCCUGCCUGGAGGGACCUGUUCAGAACAUGGGGCCCCAGGCUACCAGCUUGUCCCAUUUCCCCUCUCCAUCUAGUUUAUAUCAGGGGCCUGGCCAUGAGCCCCAUGUUCCACUAAUGUCUACUCAAGCAUCCUUGGCCAGUGGUGAAGGGAACGAGGUGGUCCACCAGCAAAGUAAAAAUCACUCAUUGAGUAGCUUACCCCCUAAACAUACUUUUGAACAGAAUUCCAGAGUUGGGAAUAUGUGGGCAAGCCCAGAGUUCAGGCAGAAUCCAGAAGUGAAUAAAGAGCAUCUGCUAGACCCUGCCCACAUGAAUCCCUUUACUCAGGGAAAUAGCCCUGAAAACCAGGUACACGGUCCCUCAGAGGCUUCAACUAACCCUGCCCUGCAAGACGCAGCCUCUGGAGCUCUCUCAAUGUUUUUUCAAGGGGAGGAGACAGAAAAUGAGGAGAAUCUCUCAUCUGAAAAAGCAGGCCUUGAUGACAGAUUGGACUUGGAUGGCUUCUCUUCUACCCCCAGAUUGGGUCAUCCACCACCACCUGGACAUGGAACUGGUGGUGUCUACCAGGCUUUUCUCAAAGGCCCUAGCAGCGAGGCUGCUCAGGAAGGAGAUGUACAACCUUAUUUUUUGCAGUCUAUGGGCAUCCGGCAUGACAGACAGACCACUAUGACCCCUGCUAGUGAUACAUGGGGUGACACUUCAGGGGCUGGAACCCACUGUGCUAGUGGGCCACAGUGUGAGAAUGUUGAGAACUUAGAAUUUGUUCAGAAUCAAGAAGUUUUGCCACGUGAGACCCUGAAUGUGGAUCCCUCUUCCCUGAGCGAUCAGUUUCGACAUGGGCCCCUUCCUGGGCCAGCUGUCUCAAGACCUGUUACUGUGGGCCUCACCAGAGGUGGGGGGCUAAAUCUUGAAGCCCCUGACAUAUCACUGCAUCCUACCCGACCUGACAGUGUGUCAUCCAGCUACAGCAGCCACAGCCACAGAAGUCCUCCUGGGUCAGCCAGACCCCAAGAAUUGGUAGGCACAUUCAUUCAGCAAGAAGUUGGAAAACUUGAGGAUGAGACUUCAGGGAGUUUUUUUAAGCAAAUUGAUUCUUCUCCUGUUGGAGGUGAGACAGAUGAAUUGGCUGGGAGCCAAAAUUUCUGCAGCAGCCUGUCCCAGCCCUCAACCCCAAGCCCUCCAAAACCCACAGGAGUGUUCCAAACAAGUGCAAAUAGUUCUUUUGAACCAGUAAAAUCCCACUUGGUUGGAGUGAAACCAGUUGAAGCAGAUCGUGCCAAUAUGGUGGUUGAAGUGAGAGGGACCCGGGACCGCCAGAAGCAGCACAGGGCAGCUGCUGUACCACCUGAUGCCACCCCAGGGAACCUGGAACAGCCACCAGACAAUAUGGAGACACUGUGUGCACCUCAGGCCUGCCCUCUGUCUCUUAGCACCACUGGGGAAGCUGGACACCUGGCUUCACACACAGCAGGGCCACCUUUGGAUACUGUACGCCCAGUGCCUGAGAAGAGGUCCUCGGCCAGGGCCCAGGGGCCUGUGAAGUGUGAGAGCCCAGCAACAACUCUGUGGGCACAAAAUGAGCUGCCAGAUUUUGGUGGCAAUGUCCUUCUAGCUCCUGCUGCCCCUGCACUUUAUGUCCCUGUAAAACCAAAAUCUUCAGAAGUUAUUCAUCAUCCAGAAAAGGGAAUGUCUGGACAACAGUCACGGAAACCAGGAUCUGUGCUACCCUUGCAGAACCAAGACUCUCCUGGUGCUUCUGAGAACCUUGAAAACCCUCCCAAGGUAGGAGAAGAGGAGGCCCUUCCAUUGCAGGCAAGUUCUGGUUAUGCGAGUCUGCUGUCCUCGCCACCCACUGAAUCUUUGCACAAUCAACCUGUCCUGAUUGCCCAGCCUGAUCAAAGCUAUAAUUUGGCUCAGCCCAUUAAUUUUUCUGUGUCCCUACUGAAUCCUAAUGAGAAGAAUCAGUCCUGGGGAGAUGCUGUGGUGGGGGAGAAAUCUAUAGUGAGCAGCAGUCGGGCUCUCAGUGGUGAUCCUGAAGAACAUGCUGCUUUGUCUGGAGUUUCAACCAGUGCUGUCAUUGGCUUAUCUUUGCCUAACAGUGUCCCUCGAGGUUCUGGGUCUUCUGAAAUGAUGGGUAGCCAGCCUGCCAGUUUGUUGGUUCAGCGGCUAUCCCCUCCAAUUCCAAAGAACUCAUUUCCUAAAAGUCAGAAUCCUAAUACAGAAAAGGGUCCUUCUGAGUUUGUUAAUAGCCCCGCUGGAAGUACAAAUGUGAUGCUAGUUCCACCUGCAAACAGCACCUUGGUACCUAAUAAUAAUAAGGCAAAUCACUCCAGUAAUCAGGAAGAAGCUGUUGGUGCUCUAGACUUCACAUUAAAUAGAACUUUGGAAAAUCCUGUGAGAAUAUAUAGCCCAUCUCAUUCAGAUGGCCCAGCUUCUCAGCAGGCUCUUGCCAAUCAUCCCAUACAAUCUGGGCCUGGGCUGCAUAACCAGGAUCAUUUCUACCAGCAGGUAACAAAAGAUGCCCAGGACCAGUAUAGCCUAGAAAGAGCCCAGACAGAGCUGGUACCUCCUCAGCCACAGAAUUCUCCCCCACAAAUGCCCCAAGCGGCGUGUCCAGAGCCUUCAAAUCCAGAAAGCCCACCCACACAAGGACAGUCUGAAAGCUUGGCCCAGCCACCAGCAAGUCCAGCUCCAGUCAACAUGGGCCAGCAGCUGCUGCCUCAGCCACCACAGUCCUCCAGUGCAUCGGUUACAUCUACCAGCUCCAGCCAGGCAGCUGUGCGGUCAGAGCAGCCAUGGCUGCACCCACCACCUCCUAAUGCUUUUGGCCCAGCACCUCAAGACUUGGCAUCUUACUACUAUUAUAGGCCCCUUUAUGAUGCCUACCAGUCUCAGUACCCUUCACCGUACCCGUCGGAUCCUGGGACGGCCUCUCUAUACUACCAGGAUAUCUAUGGCCUGUAUGAUCCUCGAUACAGGCCCUAUGACAGCUCAGCAUCUGCUUAUGCCGAAAACCAUCGCUAUUCAGAGCCUGAGCGGCCCAGCUCCCGAGCAAGUCACUAUUCCGACCAGCUCACUCCCAGGCAAGGUUAUCCUGAAGGAUACUAUAAUUCUAAGAGUGGAUGGAGCAGUCAGAGUGAUUACUAUGCAAAUUAUUACUCCAGCCAGUAUGAUUAUGGAGACCCAGGCCGCUGGGAUCGUUACUAUGGGUCUCGCUUCAGGGAUCCUCGCACCUGGGACCGGAGGUACUGGUACGACUCAGAACAUGACCCAUACAGGAAGGAAAACUAUGCCUACAGUGACAGGCCUGAGAAAUGUGAUGAUCACUGGAGGUAUGACCCUCGAUUCACGGGCAGCUUCGAUGACGACACUGAGCUGCACAGGGACCCCUAUGGAGAAGAAGUGGACAGGCGUAGCCUUCAUAGUGAGCAUUCAGCACGGAGCCUGCACAGCACUCACAGCCUGCCCAGCCGCCGAAGCAGCCUCAGCUCCCACUCACACCAGAGUCAGAUUUACAGAAGCCACAAUGUGACUGGCGGUUCCUUUGAGGCCCCUCAUGCCCCAGGCUCAUUCCAUGGUGAUUAUGCCUAUGGCACCUAUGCCAGCAAUUUCAGCGGUGCCCAUGGUUUUCCAGAGUACAGCUACCCUGCAGACACCUCCUGGCCUGCUGUGGAGCAAGCUCCAUCAAGACCAACCUCUCCUGAGAAAUUUACAGUGCCUCAUGUCUGUGCCAGGUUUGGUCCUGGUGGUCAGCUCCUUAAAGUGAUUCCCAACCUGCCUUCAGAAGGACAGCCUGCACUAGUGGAGAUCCACAGCUUGGAGACGUUGCUGCAGCACACACCUGAGCAAGAAGAGAUGCGCUCCUUCCCAGGACCUCUUGGAAAAGAUGAUACCCACAAAGUAGAUGUUAUUAACUUUGCACAGAACAAAGCGACAAAAUGUUUGCAGAAUGAGAGUUUAAUUGACAAAGAAUCUGCAAGUCUUCUUUGGAAUUUCAUUAUUCUGUUAUGCAGACAGAAUGGGACCGUGGUGGGAACAGACAUUGCAGAGCUUUUGUUACGAGACCACAGAACUGUGUGGCUUCCUGGGAAGUCACCCAAUGAGGCAAACUUGAUAGAUUUUACUAAUGAGGCCGUGGAACAAGUGGAAGAGGAGGAGUCAGGGGAGGCCCAGCUCUCGUUUCUCACAGACGGUCAGACAGCGACCACCAGUGUGCUGGAGAAGGAGACUGAGCGAUUCCGUGAGCUCUUGCUAUACGGCCGGAAGAAGGAUGCUCUGGAGUCUGCCAUGAAAAAUGGCCUAUGGGGUCACGCUCUGCUGCUUGCAAGUAAGAUGGACAGCCGGACACAUGCCCGUGUCAUGACCAGGUUUGCCAACAGUCUUCCAAUCAAUGACCCCCUACAGACUGUCUACCAGCUCAUGUCUGGACGGAUGCCUGCUGCGUCCACGUGUUGUGGAGAUGAGAAAUGGGGAGAUUGGAGGCCGCAUCUUGCAAUGGUUUUAUCCAACCUGAACAACAACAUGGAUGUUGAGUCUAGGACCAUGGCUACGAUGGGCGAUACUCUAGCAUCAAAAGGCCUCCUGGAUGCUGCACACUUCUGCUACCUGAUGGCCCAGGUUGGAUUUGGGGUUUAUACAAAGAAAACCACGAAACUUGUCUUGAUAGGCUCAAAUCACAGUUUGCCAUUUUUAAAGUUUGCCACCAAUGAAGCUAUUCAAAGGACGGAGGCUUAUGAGUAUGCUCAGUCUCUUGGGGUGCACACCUGCUCCUUACCUAACUUCCAGGUGUUCAAAUUCAUCUACUUGUGCCGCCUGGCUGAAAUGGGACUAGCCACACAGGCCUUCCACUACUGUGAAGUAAUAGCCAAGAGCGUCCUGACACAGCCUGGUGCAUACUCUCCAGUGCUGAUUAGCCAGUUGACUCAGAUGGCUUCCCAGUUACGCCUCUUUGAUCCUCAGCUGAAGGAGAAGCCAGAGGAGGAGUCCUUUGUGGAGCCUGCCUGGUUGGUGCAGCUGCGGCAUGUGGAGAGGCAGAUCCAGGAAGGCACUGUGCUGUGGAGCCCGGAUGGAACUGACCCCCAGCAGUGUCACAUCACACCAGGCUCUGAGGCAGAGCAGUUGGAUGGCCCAGGACUCAACCAGCAGGCAGGACUGAAGGCCGACAACCCUCUACUGAUGCCAAGCACUGAGCCCUUGAUGCACGGUGUGCAGCUGCUGCCCACAGCUCCACAGACAUUCCCUGAUGGCCAGCCAACUCACCUUGCCAGGGUGCCGAUGUUCCCAGUGCCAAUAUCCCAGGGCCCCCUAGAGCUGGGUCCUACCUAUGGACCCCCAGGGUCUGUGCUUGGCGUCCCAGAGUCCUCCAGAUCUGAUCCUGCAGUACUGCACCCUGGGCCGGCCCUGCCACCCACUACACCAUGUCUCCAGGAAAGUGGGCCUCCACUCCAGGAGGCCCGAAACCCAGACCCAGAAACAGUGCCACGGGGCUCACCUGUCAGACAGUCACUUCCAGAGCUCAAUGAAGAGGAGUUUGGUGGGAACUUUGCUGACCCGGGCUCCUCCAGAACAGCACAGGACUUGAAGCCCCCCCCAGUGUGGGAUCGUGACAGCUCCAGUCUGACACCUGCUUCAGAAGGGAAGAAGCCUGCACAAGCUGUCAAAAAGGAGCCCAAGGAGCCCAAGAAGAGUGAGUCCUGGUUCUCUCGUUGGCUGCCUGGGAAGAAAAGGACAGAAGCUUAUCUACCAGAUGACAAGAACAAAUCAAUUGUUUGGGAUGAAAAGAAAAACCAGUGGGUGAAUUUGAAUGAACCAGAGGAGGAGAAGAAGGCUCCACCCCCACCUCCAACAUCGUUUCCCAGGGUUCCUCAGGUGGCUCCCACUGGGUCUACAGGACCACCCACGGCCUCCGUGAACAUGUUUUCUAGAAAAGCAGGUGGCUCCAGAGCUCGCUAUGUGGAUGUUCUAAACCCAAGUGGGACACAGCGGAGUGAGCCAGCUCUUGCUCCUUCGGAUUUCUUUGCUCCACUUGCCCCGCUCCCAAUCCCUUCUAACUUGUUCGUACCAAACCCAGAUGCAGAGGAGUCACAUCCUGCAGAGGCUCAAUUUAAGGCAGAGCCCACCCUGGAACCCAAGAUAAUAAGCUCUGCAGCAUCACCCCCUGGACCUGAACUCUCACCCUCCAAACUAGAUGGCUCCCAGGGAGGAGAGCUCUCGCGCUGUAGCUCUCUGAGCUCGCUCUCACAGGAAGUGAGCCGGCAUUUCCAUCAGGCUUCUGGAGACCACUGUGCUGCAGGGGCCACUCCAGGCGGGUCUGUGCCCUUUUACAACCCUGCUCAGUUGGUGCAGGCUUCUGUCACCUCGGGGAAUUCAAGGCCGGGGAGGAUUGGCCAAAGAAAAUACGCAGCAUUGAACUAGGAUUGCCGCUGGAUUUGUACUUCGAACCUUGAGAUGACUAGAUAACUGUCCUCCACCAAGAACCAAACUAGCUGCCUCAGGUCUCGUGGAUCCCAGAUGGACAUGGCAGUAACCCAGAGCCGGUCAUACUGUGUGUCUCCCUCCUUGCAGCCCAUGCAUAUGAAUUACUGAAAAGUUGAUUCUAUGGUUCCUUUCAGAUGCUGGAUAGAAUGAAACUAAUUCAAAGUCUUUUAUGUAUAAGAACAAUGUUUCUUUCUUAGUCGCUUUUGACAAAUUAAGGCUAUAAUAGUUUGAGUCACUUGAGAAUACCACUGAAGUGAGGCUAGACAGGGCUUCCCCACAGGAGAGCACACAGUUCCUUGGAAACCAGGGACUUGCUCACCUGAGAAAUGCUGCAAACCGACCGGGGUUCCUUAGGAUGCCGAGAGAAGAGCAAGUAAGUGCUUGACUGCAGAGGAGCCUUUACUCUAUUGUGCUGCCAGGCUUAAGAGGAGCCCCAGCUACACUUGGGCAGCUCUGCCCUGUCCUGUGAACCAGGGGGGUCCAUACUAGCUCCUCUAGGGCCACCAGAUGACAGUGGCUCACAGGCUGGGAGGGAAGCCAUUACCAGGGCAUGUCUCCAAGAAAUCCCAGCCACACUCCAUUUUCUGUGGCCUGAUUAGGGCUGGGUGGAUUUUACUGCUCAGAGCUCCCUCUAGUGCAGAGUCACUGGGGAAAGCCCCAGGGAGCUGAUGUUCUGAAGCUGCCGAUCUGAUUAACCAACCAGGUCAACAACGGGCUGCAUGCUGGAAAGUACUGCCCUCCUAGCGAGGGGUCUGUUUGGGGCCCUCCAGUUGACUCCCUGUCACCUGUGCAGACAUCUUUUUAAGGACUUGGUGGUAUCUUGGAGUGACUUACAGUGUCCUAGCAGACACUCUAGAACCUGACAUCUCUACUCCAAAGCCCAUCAGGGACCUUCAGCAGCUACUCACUGACUCAGCUACAUCACUCUUCAAGGAGCUACUGCUACCUUCAAACUCAGAGCUUUAAGGCUUCACCGACUGUUCCUAAAACUAUCCUUUUACUCUAAGGAGGGAAAGAGAUUUUUAAAUAUUUAUAAAAAUCAGCAGGUAAUUUGGGUAGGAAACAUAAAUGGUUUGUUUGGUAUUAAAUUUAGAAAUUGUAGAAUGUGGAAUUAGUACAGCCCUUCCUGGUUCCCUGAAUCAUCUAGCAAAGAUUCACAGAAUGGUUUCCAGAAUGUUCCAUAACAUGAGUGUGCCCAGACCCUCCUGUUCCUGUCACUAAGAAAGACCUGCCCCUGUGGGUCAGUAGCAGCUUGUGUCCUUGCUGGGACCAGGCAGGACCCUUGCCUCUGGUGCAACCCUGCCCAGGCUCUGUGUUGACUGCCAACCACUUUUGAUUCAAGAAGCUUCCUCCCUGGGAGCUGCUAUUUUUCCUAAAUUCAAAUUGUUAAAUAAAAUAUUUUGGGCUCUCAA